AUGAACAAGCUUAAAAAUUUGAUUUAUAUAGGUUAUAAUGAUUAUAUAAAGAUGAGUUUAGCUUCUAAUCAAGAAUCCGCUCUCAAUAAGAGGAGGGCGAGACAGAUCCGUUAUAAGUAUAUUGCUUACCGCUCGUCUUUAGCCUAUCAAAUAGCCUUACUAGAAUGUAGGAAAAUUAGAGUCCCUGCCUUCAAACUCUCGAGGGGCAUCGUGAUUCAGUCUACUCGAUUGCCUGGUGGCCAGAUGGAAGCCGCCUCGCAUCAGGGUCAGCUGAUAGGACAAUCCGCAUCUGGGAUCUAG